GUACACUAAAAUGGUACAUUCAUACUAAAACUUAAGUUAUAAAGUGUAAACGUUCGCGUUUCAAAAUGGUCCACAAAUUAUUAAAAUAUUUUGCCUGUCUCGUCUUCAUCAUACCUUCAGUUGUUUCUACAAAUUCCUGCACUGUUGAAGAUUACGUGGAUGGUUGUAGAUAUACAGUUGUGUGUGUAAAUUAUUCAGGAACAUCAGCAAUAUAUUCUUGCAGUUCAGAACCGCAUAUUAUAUUCAAAAUAAAAGGUUCAAGAAGUGAAACUCUAACUGCAAGUUUCUUUGGUGCAACUAACUUUGACUCGAGAGUACGUGAAAUUAAAGCCAUAGACAAUGUUUGGAACACUAUAGAAUCAUACGCAUUUAAAUAUUACACUAAAAGUGUAAACGUUGAUAUAUCAUGUAAUCACAUCAAAGUAAUUAAAAGUGAUACGUUUAAAAAUUUUGGCUAUCUAAAUUAUUUGAAUAUAUCUAACAAUGAAAUCGAAAGUUUGUCUCCUAAUUCUUUAGCUCCAAGUUCUAGUCCAGAUUCUGUACUGUUAAUGCUGGACUUAUCUUAUAAUUUGCUUAAUAAUUUAGAAUAUGGCGUUUUCAAUAAUUUUCCAUCUCUAAGUACUUUAUAUUUGCAAAAUAAUAAAAUACAAAAUAUAUCAGAUGAUAGUUUUGCUACGUUGAAAAAUUUAAAACAAUUAUAUUUGCAACAUAAUGAUAUUGAAAUAUUAAACAUGAUGUUAAUAAAUUUGAAGUCUUUAAAAGAAUUAGACAUGUCUUUUAAUAAGGUUAAGAAAAUUUCCGGGUACGAAGUAAACCGUUUGAUUGCAUUGGAGAAAUUGAACAUGUCUUAUAAUUCUAUAGAAACGAUUGAGUCUAAUUGUUUUAAUCAGGCACCUUCCUUGAUUAGCAUAGAUCUUAGUCAUAAUAGAAUACUGUCAGUAAUCGAUGCGAAAAUGUUUGACAGUAAUAUACAUCUUCAAUAUUUUGAUGCAAGUUAUAACCAGAUUAAAACAAUUGAAGACGAUUCGUUUAAAAAUUGUAAUCUAACAUAUUUUAAUUUUGAACAAAAUGUCCUUUCUGGGAAUAUUACGAACUCUACAUUUACAGGAUUUAAUUUUGUUACACAUUUAAAUUUGAACAAACAAAAUGUUACUGGCUUAAAUGCAAAAGCUUUUUCUACUCUGAACAUAUUGAUGUCUUUAAAUUUAAGUUCUAAUAAUAUUCAAUAUAUUGAUAAAGAGAGCUUUCAAAAUUCUUUGAGCUUACAAAUUUUAGAUUUAUCGUAUAAUUAUAUACCAAAUUUAGAUUUUGUUAAUGGAACUCUAUUUAAUUUAACCCAUUUAUAUUUAAGUAACAACAAAAUUGUUUGCCUACAAGAAAAUUUGUUUAAAAAUCAUGACCAAAUUAUAAAAUUAGACUUAUCGAUGAAUAAAAUUAUAGAAAUACAACAAAAUUCACUACCUUUAUUAAAUUUACAAUAUUUAAAUAUAACAGGAAAUAAUCUUGUUGGGACAAUUGAAAAAAACACUUUUAGUCCUGCGAAAUUCUUAAGAUAUUUGGAUUUAAGUAAUUUUAAAAUAAAUAAAAUAGACGAUAUGGCUUUAGUUGAUCUUCCAGUUUUAGCUCGUAUGAAUCUAUCAUUAAAUAACAUUGAAUAUAUAGCUCCUAAUAAUUUUUAUGGUUUGGACAAUUUGUACAGUUUGGAUAUUUCUCAUAAUAAUUUGAGUAAAAUCAAUCUAUUUAAUACUACAUUAACAAAUUUAAAAGCUGUAUAUUUACAAAAUAAUAAUCUUAAGAAACUAUCAAAUUCAUUAUCAAAUGCGAAAAAUAUAAUUUAUCUUGAUUUAUCAUUUAAUAAUAUAUCUGAUUUAAGUGAUACAGAUUUUGAAAGUUUCUCCAAUUUACGUGUAUUACAUUUGGCUUAUAAUAACAUUAAAUUAUUUAACGUUCCACAAAUCAAUGCUUUAUCAAAUAUAACUGUUAUUAAUCUGUCACAUAAUAACAUUUCAAAUGUUAAUUUAAAAUAUUUCAAAGAAUUAAGAAGUAUAGAUUUAAGCAGCAAUAAAAUAUUAUAUAUAAAUAACACAUUUUUCAAGAACGUUGACAAUUUAAUGUCAAUAGAUUUAAGUAAUAAUAAUAUUAUAAAUUUACCACCGGGUACAUUUAAUAAUAUGAAAAUAUUAAAAUCCCUAAACUUAUCAAGUAACCAUUUGAAUAAAUUACGCUACGGUAGCUUACAAGGAUUGCAUAAGACAGAAGUAUUAGAUUUAUCAAGAAAUAAUAUUUUCGAUUUCGAUGUUAACGUGUUCCAUGAAUGUAAUGAUUUAAUAAAACUUAUAAUAGACUACAAUGAGAUAACUUCUGUAGAUGUUGAUAGUCUCACACAUACUUUGUCUAAUUUAAGAGUUCUAAGUUUAGGUGGUAAUCCACUUCAAUGCAAAGAAAUUGUAAGAAAUAUGAAAUUGAGUGUGACAAGAUUACUGCAAGUUACAUCUAUUGAUAAAGUUUAUCAUGAAGACAAUGUGUACGGUAUAAAAUGUGGGGAUGUAAAAUUUGAAACGACUACUGCUAUACCUAAAAUUGACGACCGCAUGCAAAAUUCUUCUUUAUCUAAAAUUGUUUUGAUUUGGUGCGCAGUAUUGUCAAUAUUGAUUAUUGCUAUGUGUGCAACAAUAUUUAUAUAUAGAAAUAGAAAAUAUAAUAUGUCCAGGUUGCAUUUAAGACAUUCUAUAGAAAUAAACGGUUCAGAAUGUCCGAAUGAUUUGUUAAGUUAGUUUUAAAAAUAUAUAAAGUCAGAUUUAACUUUGAAU